AAAAGAAAUCGUUGUCCUUUGAAUUUGUCAUUCAGUUUCAUCAUCUGUUACGCAGCGUCAACGAAAAUUUAGAAGCUAUAUCAGUAGAAGAAAUAUUACCUUUGAAAGAGAAUUAUAAGAUUAAACACUUGGUCAGGGGCUGCAGAGCGAGCUGUUGACUUUAGUGACUUCCUCAAAAGUCGAGCUUAAGGCGGGGAGAAAGUUUAUAAGCAACGACGACACAUCACAUUGGAGACUUUAGAAAUUAUUUCAUAUGACGAAAGUUGAGUUAUGGCGCUCAUACCACAGUCGCAGUUCAACAAGCCAUGGUUUUUAACACUUUUCCUCAUAAUCGCAAUUAUACAACUUUUUCUUGCAUCUUCUGCCAUUUAUGGUUAUUCCUCAAUCCUUGUCAUUUUUAAAAAGAUGAAAUUUUAUCAAUAUUUAUGCGAAACAAAAAAUUUAACAGGAUCACCAAACAAAACAGUUGUAGUAAGCGAGACUCUAACAUGUAAUGAUCAAGACAAAGCUUUAAACCUUUUGUUUGUUCUUGGUUGGCUGUUUCAUAAUUUGGUCAAGCUUGUUACUGGUCCGCUAGUGGAUAGAGUUGGCCCACAAGUUUCACAAUAUAUAUCAUGCGUCUUCCUUCUGCUUUUCGGAUUUACAUUGGCAUACGCAAAAGAAGGUUUAGAGUACUUAGUGUUUAUAGCAUUCUUCGAGUUGGCAAUUGGUUCAUCAAUUACUCUGUUAACUUGUUUCCAGGUAGUCAACAUACUGUUCAAGGAAAACAAAGCUAUAUUUAUUUGUCUUAUGAGUGGUGCGAUUGAUGCAUCCACAGCUGUUUUCAUCCUGUUCUUGGCUAUUUUUGAAUCCGACUUACCGUUAUCAACCAUUUCAAUGAGUUAUGGUUGCUUAAUGGUUGUGUUUAUGGUAAUGGUGACAACAAUCUUCUUUCCGAGCAAAUAUGAACUCAGUGUUGUUAUCGAUGAGGAUGUCAAAGAUAUGCUUAAUCCCAACACAAAAAACAAGGAUUUUGUAAAGUUUUCAAAGGAAUUAACGGCGAGUUAUCAAGGCGGAGUAACGUCGAGUUAUAGUGCUUACAAACACUCGAUAGAAAAAACGCUGUUGGAGAUGUCUGCUGAUGAGCGAAGAACCGAGUUAAGUUUAAGUUUGUCGCGUUCAAUGGGUUUUAGUUGGUCUCAGUCGGAACUGUGUUCUUCAAUGGAUUCUGUUGACAAAAGGGGAAGAUAUGGUGUAAUUCAAGAAAAUACAUAUGGUUAUGGUGUUGAUCAAUACGGACUCCAAAAACUUGCCAAUGCAAGUAACGAAGAAAGUCCAUUGAUAUCUUCUGUGGAGAAAAAUUUCAUGUGUGAUCCAGAUAAGACUUUUCUGCAGUGUUUCUUUUCCAAGUUUAACUUUUUGUGUAUCUUGACUGUUGCGAUAAUGAUGCUUAAAUUGGUGUAUUUUGUUGGAAAUAUUGACAAGUACCUUCGAAAUAUCGUCGACGAGGAAGAAGCCGUGGUAUACGUCAAAUAUUUCGGCACAAUACAGUUUGUCGGUAUAUUAGUUGGUCCUAUCGCCGGCUUGUUAUUUAUGCAUAAUAAAUUAUCAUGUAAAAAAACUGAGACAAUUGCUAGAACAGUUGAACAACAAAAAUUUGACGACAUUCGAAGUUUAAUUAUGCCAAUACUAGUCAGCAUUAUCGUCAUGCAGUUGUUGAAUGGUUUGCAGUUAUUUGAACAGUUGUAUCUUUCGUUUCCGAUUUUUCUGGUAUAUUUGCUUGGAAACGGUUUGAUGUGGUGUACUGUCACUUAUUUUUACGCUUUACUAUUUCCACCACAAUAUUAUUGUUCUCUGUAUGGAUAUAAUGGCGUCAUGUGCGGUUUGUUUUGCCUUAUGCAAUAUCCAAUGUUGUACAUCGAACAAUCGUAUUUCAAAAAUCAACAAUUUUACACAAAUGUUGUGUUUCUUGGCUUGCUCCUGUUACCACUCUCACUGCCCGCAUAUUUGAAGUAUUAUUGUUGGCGAUAUGAAAAACAAGAUGAGUCACUUGUAUUGGAAAAUUCGAACGAGAAGAUAUAAUUUGGUGGAGUAGUAUUUAUAUAAGAUUUAACUCAGCCUAUGUAUUGUGAAAUUCACACGAGAAGUUAUAAAUUCGUGGAGUAGUAUUUAUAUAAGAUUUAACUCAGCCUAUAUGUAUUGUGAAAUUCACACGAGAAGUUAUAAAUUGGUCGAGUAGUAUUUAUAUAAGAUUUAACUCAGCCUAUAUGUAUUGUGAAAUUCACACGAGAAGUUAUAAAUUCGUGGAGUAGUAUUUAUAUAAGAUUUAACUCAGCCUAUAUGUAUUGUGAAAUUCACACGAGAAGUUAUAAAUUCGUGGAGUAGUAUUUAUAUAAGAUUUAACUCAGCCUAUAUGUAUUGUGAAAUUCACACGAAAAAUUAUAAAUUGGUCGAGUAGUAUUUAUAUAAGAUUUAACUCAGCCUAUAUGUAUUGUGAAAUUCACACGAGAAGUUAUAAAUUCGUGGAGUAGUAUUUAUAUAAGAUUUAACUCAGCCUAUAUGUAUUGUGAAAUUCACACGAGAAGUUAUAAAUUCGUGGAGUAGUAUUUAUAUAAGAUUUAACUCAGCCUAUAUGUAUUGUGAAAUUCACACGAGAAAUUAUAAAUUGGUCGAGUAGUAUUUAUAUAAGAUUUAACUCAGCCUAUAUGUAUUGUGAAAUUCACACGAGAAAUUAUAAAUUGGUCGAGUAGUAUUUAUAUAAGAUUUAACUCAGCCUAUAUGUAUUGUGAAAUUCACACGAGAAAUUAUAAAUUCGUGGAGUAGUAUUUAUAUAAGAUUUAACUCAGCCUAUAUGUAUUGUGAAAUUCACACGAGAAAUUAUAAAUUGGUCGAGUAGUAUUUAUAUAAGAUUUAACUCAGCCUAUAUGUAUUGUGAAAUUCACACAAGAAAUUAUAAAUUGGUCGAGUAGUAUUUAUAUAAGGUUUAACUCAGCCUAUAUGUAUUGUACAAUCCACACGAGAAAUUAUAAAUUUGUGGAGUAGUAUUUAUAUAAGAUUUAACUCAGCCUAUAUGUAUUGUGAAAUUCACACAAGAAAUUAUAAAUUGGUGGAGUAGUAUUUAUAUAAGAUUUAACUCAGCCUAUAUGUAUUGAGAAAUUCACACGAGAAGAUAUAAAUUGGUCGAGUAGUAUUUAUAUAAGAUUUAACUCAGCCUAUAUGUAUUGUGAAAUUCACACGAGAAAUUAUAAAUUGGUGGAGUAGUAUUUAUAUAAGAUAUAACUCAGCCUAUAUGUAUUGUGAAAUUCAUACAAGAAAUUAUAAAUUGGUCGAGUAGUAUUUAUAUAAGAUUUAACUCAGCCUAUAUGUAUUGUGAAAUUCACACGAGAAGUUAUAAAUUGGUGGAGUAGUAUUUAUAUAAGAUUUAACUCAGCCUAUAUGUAUUGUGAAAUUCACACGAGAAGUUAUAAAUUCGUGGAGUAGUAUUUAUAUAAGAUUUAACUCAGCCUAUAUGUAUUGUACAAUCCACACGAGAAAUUAUAAAUUGGUGGAGUAGUAUUUAUAUAAGAUUUAACUCAGCCUAUAUGUAUUGUGAAAUUCACACGAGAAAUUAUAAAUUCGUGGAGUAGUAUUUAUAUAAGAUUUAACUCAGCCUUUAUGUAUUGUACAAUCCACACGAGAAAUUAUAAAUUGGUGGAGUAGUAUUUAUAUAAGAUUUAACUCAGCCUAUAUGUAUUGUGAAAUUCACACGAGAAAUUAUAAAUUGGUCGAGUAGUAUUUAUAUAAGAUUUAACUCAGCCUAUAUGUAUUGUGAAAUUCACACGAGAAGUUAUAAAUUCGUGGAGUAGUAUUUAUAUAAGAUUUAACUCAGCCUAUAUGUAUUGUGAAAUUCACACGAGAAAUUAUAAAUUGGUCGAGUAGUAUUUAUAUAAGAUUUAACUCAGCCUAUAUGUAUUGUGAAAUUCACACGAGAAAUUAUAAAUUGGUCGAGUAGUAUUUAUAUAAGAUUUAACUCAGCCUAUAUGUAUUGUGAAAUUCACACGAGAAAUUAUAAAUUCAUGGAGUAGUAUUUAUAUAAGAUUUAACUCAGCCUAUAUGUAUUGUGAAAUUCACACGAGAAAUUAUAAAUUGGUGGAGUAGUAUUUAUAUAAGAUUUAACUCAGCCUAUAUGUAUUGUGAAAUUCACACAAGAAAUUAUAAAUUGGUCGAGUAGUAUUUAUAUAAGAUUUAACUCAGCCUAUGUAUUGUACAAUCCACACGAGAAAUUAUAAAUUUGUUGAGUAGUAUUUAUAUAGGAUUUAAAACAGUCUAUAUGUAUUCAUGGAUUGUAAAAUUCACACGAGAAAUUAUAAAUUUGUGGAGUAGUAUUUAUAUAGGAUUUAAAACAGCCUAUAUGUAUUCAUGGAUUGUAAAAUUCACACGAGAAGUUACAACUUGGUGGAGUAGUAUUUAUGCAAAACCUAUUGUUCUUACAUGGUUUGUUAUUAAUUACGACAUAUUAUUGGUGUAGUAUUUAUAUACUCUUUUUAUAUGUGUAGCUUAUUUUUUUGUACAUUAAUAUUUUUAAAAAUCAGUGUUUUCUUCUAAA